AGGCCAGCCAGUCAAUGACGUAUCGUCCCCGCAGCCAGUAGCCGGUCGCGCUUUGAUCAGCCAGUUAGCCAGCCACUGCGCGGUGAGAAAUGUGGCAACGCCGCUCUUGAGGGGCCCGAUUUAAAGAUGGCCGCGCCGCGGUCGUCCGCUCGUCGUGUCGCGUCAACCUCGAGACGUUCUUCCGGGAUUGUCGAGCUCGCUGAGUCAAAUUGAACGACGGAUCAGUCGACAUCGGUGGUGCCUGCACGAGGAUUCGACUGUGUACUCUGUCGCGAGCGGCGGAUCACGCCGUACGAUGAUCUAACGUCAUCGUAAGCGUACGUACGUCACCGGGCGAACAUGAAUUGUCAUCAGAUACUGAGCGGCGCCUGCAAUGCGGGCGAUCGCUGCUACGCCGUCGGCUCCGUCGAGGGAAUCUCCUUCACGGCGUAUGCUGCUGGCUGUAAUAUUGUGAUUUUGGCCAACAAUUUUGAACGAGUUCAGAUAAUCCCUGGAGCUGUACACAACUAUAUUAGAAUCAGUUGUCUGGACUGCAGUACCGACACAGGAAAGAUAGCUGCUGCUUAUGAAAAUCAAGUUUGCAUAUUUGAACCAACGCCGCUUAUACACAGCACUUGCUCACAUCAAUUGGAAUACAGAUGGGUUCAAACAGGAAGUCUGCAAACAGAAUCAAACAUCACCUCUCUGUCAUGGAAUUUAGAAGGCACAAGACUGUUAACAGGUGGCGAGUUGUUACAAUUGUGGCAUCAAAAUAUCAUGCCGUUUCAAGAAGAGCACGCAAUAUUACCUACAGCUACAAAACCAAAAACAUUACAAACAGAAGAAGCAAGCACUACUGGAAGCAAUCAUAAUGUUACGGCAAACACUUCUCAGGAUCCUGGUACGGUAACGUUUUCGAUUGGAGGAGAAGCUGAGAGCCCCGGACCUGGAGACACAUCCAAUGAUCCAGGCGGAUGGAACUGUGUAUGGAAAUGUCGUACGGCCACACCAGUCCAUCUUAUGAGUUUCAGUCCUGAUGGUACUCUAUUCGCAACAACAGGAAUGAAUGAUAGAUUGGUUAAAAUAUGGUUCGAGAAUAAACAAUUAUUUCCAGCAAGAAGUAUAGAUCAUACAAAUUUCUGUCAGUCCGUGAGUAACGACAAUUAUAGUUUCGUUUAUGUUGCACACCCACGUGCAGUAACUCAUCUCUCCUGGCGCAAGACAAGUAAAUACAUGCCGAAAGGCUCCGUAUCCAAUAUGCUGGUCACCUCGUGUCGUGACAAUAUCUGCCGAGUGUGGGCAGAGACGAUACCUCCCGAGAUCGAAGGUUUAGCUAAUAUGAGCCAGUUUGAAGGUUCCGAUAGGCAUGGUCAUCAUGGAAAACAUCGUCAUCAUAACAUGCACAAGCACCGAUUUAUGCAACGUCUCAAGCACAUGAAAACGUGUUUUCAUAUUCGACGACAUGCCAAGCAGCAACAUCAAGCUGGACAUACGCUGGCACCGACUCUACCAACUCUCCCAUCUACGUAUUCUGUACAUGAUUUUCAUAAUAAUUAUCAAACCUCUGGUCAUUAUCCGGGAAUGCAUUUUCACUUAGCAGCUAGCAUCAAUGCAGAAACUGUAUACGUUCAUGUUAUAGAUAUACCGCUAGUACCAAGCCUAAUUACCGGAGAUCCUGAAAGAGAACCGAAUUUUAUCUUACACUGGCUAAAUAAUAAAGAAAUGCACUUCACCAUGCAAGCCGAGAACAUAUUGCAGGAGUUAACGCGUAAGGUAGUGGAGAAGGAGGAAGGUUUACAGCACCAGGAUGCUGAACACGUGGAACAUGAUUCCGAGGAUGAGUGUACGAAAAAGGGAGUUCGGCUGCAAACGCAAGCCCAAAAGCAAGUCGUCGGUGGACGAUCAAUGAGCCAAGAAGAUCACAGUAGUGAUGAACAUCACACCGCACAUACUACCUCAUCUCAUCACAGUCUGGUACACAGCGUGCAUUCUCAUCCAAGUCUUAGCAAUACAACUUCCAUCAAUUCCAUAGCAACAGAUGCAACGUCCACCAUGAACCAUGCACCAGACUCACUGGAUACGAAAAUAGAAACGCUGUUACGCGAUUGGCAUCAUAAUCCGGACUUGCUAUUCUCGAUACAUCCGAUAGACGGCAGUUUUUUGAUCUGGCACAUUGAAUGGCUGGACGAAUAUCAUCCCGGAUCCUUCCGACAAGCGCAAAUCUCAUUUUCCACUCGUAUUCCGAACGCGUUCCCGCUCGGCGAUGCGUCAACAAUGAGUCACAAUGUGUCGAUGUACUCUCACAACACCGGUGGGCCCUUGCUGAAUAUCCGCGAAGUCGCGAAAUCGUCGUCGAAGCCGGCCGAUCCCAGCGAAGUCGCAACGCCUUUACCUAGUCUUAUAGAACAAGAUGAGGAGCAAUCCACUCUGACUUCGAAGACGGGUCAGGAAUUAUUGAAAAAUCUGGAGAACGCGAACGAUCAGAAUCAAACGAAAACUGAAGGCAGCGCAUUAGAGAGCAAUAAAAAUGGGCAGGAUGCAGAUCUGUUGGCUCAUCCUAGUCCGAUUGUUUCGAUGGUGUCGAAGCACUCCAAUGGCACUCUGAAUUUAUGGCAGUUGACGUUCGCGGAUAAAACGAAAUUCUCACAAGUUCUGAGCAUAGGCCACGCGUGCAGGGCUUCCGGGCACCGUUUCCGCGUGAACGAUAUCACUUGUCAUCCCGUUCUGCCUCUGCUCGUAACGACCUCCCAUCAUAACAUACCGGAAUUUUCCGGUACACAGUCCUCAGAGUCUAUCGAGACCGUGAGCGGCAGCAAACACGAUACCUGUAAGGGUAAAGACAUCAUGUCGCCUACUGGCUUUUGCAGCGAAUUGAUAUUGUGGCGAGUAGACGCCGUGGGACCUCUGUCAAAGAGCGGCGGAGUUUCCGAAUUGGCGCGUAUCAACUCGCCCGAAAUAUCGGCAUUCAGUAAUGUAGCUUGGAUCCCGACAUUAUUGCCGAGCACGACACUGGGAAACUUGUCUAACUCGCCCAGUGCCUGCUUCGUAGCCAGCGACGGGGAGUGCCUAAGGGUCUACCAGGCUGUCAUCGAUGCCAGAACGUUACUGGCGGAAGUAUCGAUCAGCGAAAGAAGAAGUAGAAUGAUGGAUUCGAUGGCCAGUCUUUCGACGGACAUGUCGUCGGACGACGGCAUCAGGCACUCCAUCCACGACAGAAUAAAAAUAGUGUCACAACAGUCGACCGCAAGACCGGGAUGCGUUAUACAGCUGGACGCUAUUGCCGACGCCACGCACGAUUGGCAGAACACGCAGUUUCUUCAUGUCUUUCAAGAACAACUGAUCACCGGUGAGAGAAACGAUGAGAAGCUACCUGGCGUCGACACGUCGUCCAACGAUUUGGGGCUGAUGGAAUCGACAUUAGAUGCCAUGGUGGAUUUACAACAGUCGGCGAUCUUCGAGGAGCCGUUCUACAUAGUGGUUCUCGAACGUACGCAACAGGGCACUACCGUGCAUAUGUGGCGACUGGUGAUAGCGUCGCAACCGGAAAGUACUGGCUUAUCGGGUUCGAUGAUGUACGUACCGGAUUCCCAUUUGGUCCAGGACGAGGACGACGAAGGUACACCUGGUAGACUGGGCCACGAAGGCAGACGAUCACGUAGAACUAGUCAGACUGGCGGUCGGAGUCGACGUGAAAGCCAGGCCGAUUUCGAUUCGACAUUUCUCCCCCGUCGCCAUCAGAGUCAUGUUCUUAUCACCACUACGAAAGUUUGCACGCAGGAAUUGCCGUUACCUGACGGAGUUGAGGUAAUUCAUGCCGCACCUGCUGCGGGACAUUUGAGUAGCUCGUCGAUUUAUCCCGCCUGUUUUGCGCCAUACAUUAUUGUAACAGCGUGCAGCGACAGCACCGUGCGCUUUUGGAAGUGUAAAGUAACAAAGAAGCCGGACGACAAGCUAGAUUACGAGUGGUGCGAAUGGGAGAUGACGAGGAAAGAUCAGGAAUCCACUAUCGACAUCACCGGCCAGCCGUUGAACAUAAGCGCGGCCUACAGUGGGCGCAUCGCCUGCGCUUACAAGUAUGGAAAGUCGUUUACGCGUCCUACGAAAAACGAUCCGGAUUCGCGCUACGUGAACCUCUGUGUCGCCAUAUACGAGUGCGAGAGCACGGGCGGCAGCGAGUGGAUCCUCGAGGACACGAUCCACCUGAAAAAUAUCCAUCUACCGAGAAUACCAGUCGAUCAGCAUCUGGAUCUCAGUUAUUUGUACGACAGUAGAUUUUUGCAAAAGAAACAGCGGCUCACUCAGGUGUUGCAGACUCUCAGCCACGAGGAUAUACGGUCCUCGAGAAACGGGGAAAACGGCGAUUCAACGAAAGCGAACGCUGGCUUAUUAGCAGUUCCGUCGUUCAGUACUCUGCAAUCUUUACGCAAGUCGAUCAUAGAGAAUGGUAACACAUGUCCGCUCACGCAGAAGCAUCUGGUACAGCUUGAUUGGGUCUCGAAAGAAGAUGGUUCGCAUAUUUUGACCGUGGGCGUCGGGUCCAAGAUCAUGCUAUUCACUCCUGUAUGUUCGGAUUUGGCGCAAGCUAAUAUGAAGGCAAUGAAGGAAUCUCAGAGUAACAAUAGACCGAUAUUGAGAAAGACCUCAUCACUGGCUCAACCACAAUUCGUUGAUGAGAUUCGGUGGAUGAAGUUGCGCAAGAUCGAACUGAUGACGGCGGACGGCCUACCACCCCUGCCUAUGCAGAUAUCCUGGGUACGCGAUGGCAUCCUGGUUGUAGGCAUGGAUUCCGAGAUGCACGUGUACUCGCAGUGGAAGCCGAAUCCGAAGAACGAUUGCUUCCACUCGAAUCUGCAGCAUCAAGAGUCCGAUGAGUUUCAGGCGAGUCGCAACUUACGCGACGAGGAUCUGCGCACAUUAGCACACGAGACGUCUCAACGGCGAUUGGCGAAUGUGUCUUCCAUGCCGCAUCUGUCGCGCGUUAGCAGCAUCAAUCUGACGAUGUUGGACGCUAAGAAGAAACGCGGUAUACAAACUGAAAACUUGAGUUUCGACUACAUGCCGGAUUACGGAUUGUUCGAGGCAUCACGGAUAGCUUGCCCGGUUUUGCCACAGUAUCAUCCCAAGCAGUUGAUGGAGCUGCUAAACUCAGGGAAGAUCAGAUGGGUGAAGGCUAUAUUGGCGCAUUUGGUGCGAUGUAUAGGCAGCUCCUGUUCCCUACGGGCGGAUGAUGAAAACCUAGUGAAACAGCGCAGUGGAUGGUCACGAUCGAGGACAAUGUCGGUAAGUUACGUGGGCACAACGUCGCCGCUCGAACCAAGGGGCUCAACUACGCAAAUCCCGGAGGAAUUGACGCUGGAUUACGCAGAGAUCACGUCCAUCUCCCCGCUUCCAUUGUGGACCCUACUGAUGGCCGAUAAAGAAACCAAUCUGCCCCAUCAGCAGAACGAGGACAAGCACGAUUACAACGAAUUAUUCGACAGUAAUGUGGACGAGGGAGAAUCGUUGGACGAUAUGUUAGACGAGGAUUAUGAGCGUUCGCGGCAAAAGGAUAGACGAUCUUCGGUGCCAGAAAGGCAAGGAAUAUCCCACUUCGGUCCUAGGCAGGGCAGACUGUUGUCGCGUCUCUUGACUCACACUCAUCUCCCAGGAUUGUCUAGUCUCGAUCAGAUGCAUCUGCUCGCCCUGGCGGACACCGUGUCGACGUGCAACGUCGAUUUCGCAGAAAGAUUCGCAAUUGACGCGGCAAAAAACGCGAUCGCCAAAGAGAAUCUAACGGGUAUUCCGGACGGCGAAACUGUCUCUACCGAUUCGUUGGAUGACUGCGGCCUCAGAUUCCUGUUGGCAAUGAAGCACUAUAAUUAUCUGAUACGCUGUCUGCCGCUGGCGCAAAGAGCGCAAUUUCAGAAACAGGGUAUAGCAUCGAACAAUCUCGUGUGGGCGUUCCAUUCCGAAUCUGAGGAAGAGUUGCUGGGAUUAAUACCUUCUUAUGCCAAAGGUCAACCAAAGUGGUCCGUGCUGAAGGAACUCGGCGUGGGCUGGUGGAUCAAGAGUAAUACGGUGCUUAAAAAAUGCGUAGAAAAAAUAGCGAAAGCUGCUUUCCAGCAUAAGCAGGAUCCUUUAGACGCGGCAAUCUAUUACUUAGCGAUGAAAAAGAAGAAUUUAGUAUGGGGUCUGUUUAGAAAUAAACGGGACGACAGGAUGACGACCUUUUUCUCAAAUAAUUUCGCCGAAAACCGGUGGAGGAAGGCGGCUCUGAAGAAUGCUUUCGCUCUGCUUGGAAAGCAACGAUUUGAACAUGCGGCGGCGUUCUUUUUGCUAGCUGGUGCGCUAAAGGACGCUAUCGAUGUGUGCUUGAGUAAACUUAACGACAUUCAGCUCGCGAUGGUAAUAGCCCGGCUUUACGAAAACGAUACGUCGUCGCCUAACAUGAGAAGAUUGUUGUACGAGGAGAUCCUAGGCUGCGACAAAGAUGGACAAAAUCAAGAUAUGAGCAAGGUACAUCCUGAUCCUUUCUUGCGUAGUAUGGCCCUAUGGAUUUUAAAGGAUCAUUCCGGUUCGCUUAACACUUUACUUCUGACCAAUGUCGGUCACAUGCAUCCACAAUAUAACGAUGAGUCUGACAAACCGGAGGGAACGACGGCGAAUCCAAAUGUUUUCAAUUUCUACGUUUAUCUUCGUACACAUCCAUUACUAAUCAGACAAUACAUUGCGGUCACCGCGCAAGAUAAGAAGAAGGGACAUUCAGUAGUGAUAUCGGGCUUCAGUUACGGCACGGAGACGAAGAGUCAACCAGACAAACAAUUAAUGUUAGAAGACACCAUUACUCCGUUGGAAAGGCAGCUGUACUUUACAACAGCACACGCACACUUUAAGGCUGGCUGUCCAGCUCUCGCUCUUGAGGUUUUGUCCAAACUACCAAAUAAAGUAAUGGAUACAAAUGGCGAGGAUUCUCCUAGCUUACUAAGCAGUCCAAAUAAGUCCAAAGCUCAGGAUACUCAAAUAGAUACCGGUAUUAUUAACUGGGGAAAUACAUCAAAUGGAAUAAACGACAAUAAAGAAACAGCCACCGCUGUAGAUUGGGGUACGCCGUCAUUUGACUGGUCUCAGAGUACUAAGCGCAUGGAAGAGGAUAAACUAGAAUUAAACUGGGACGAUGAUGAAGUGGGCGAAAGCGAGGACAUCGAUAGUCCUCCCAUGAGCAUGAAACUCGACAAGAAAAAAGAGGAUAAAAUAGAGCAUAAAACAGAGGAUGAUAACAAAGACGCGGCAAAGUCAGCUGGUCAAUUGGACAUUAUGGCACAGCAAUUGAAAUUCGUUGCUUGCUUGAAGAUCUUAAUGGAGGAACUGUCUACGUUAGCAACAGGUUUUGAGGUGGACGGUGGUCAAUUGCGAUAUCAAUUGUAUGUGUGGUUGGAGCGAGAGGUUGAUGCACUGAGACAGCUUUGCAGCUAUAGCACUAACGCAGAUGGAGAUGUGAACAACGCAUCAGAGUAUGAAGGUGGUAUGGUUGAUGAUGUUCCUCCAUACAAACCUGGUGAGCAACCAACAUUACAUCAGAUACUAGUGGCAGAAAAAUUGGACUUUGAAGCUAAAGUACAGAGAGCUGCUAAAAGAAAGAAAUGGCUGAAAGCUAACGAAACGUUAUUGAGGACACUGUUAUCAUACUGUUCGUUGCAUGGUGCAUCGGGUGGAGGCCUAGCAUCAGUAAGAAUGGAAUUGGUGCUUUUGCUACAGGAAUUGCAACAGGAGAAGACUCAACAACAAUUGCUCAGUCCCCUUCCUUUCCCCACUACGUUACCUCUGUUAAGCGCCAGUGUUGCUUGCAAUAAGACCGUCGUGGCUGAUCCGGUUCGACACUUGCAGUCUCACGCACAUGAUAUGCUGCAAACAUUGGUAGAACUGCGCAAUCCGCCGAUGCCUAAUAGAAACACGCACUACUGUGAAGUAUUUAUUAUGAGGGACUUAGCGGUGGCGCUUAGCGCUUGUAUUUAUCAGUCGCUCUGUGACUCGGAUACGUUCGUUAUGAAACAUCAUCAGCCGGAAAGUUUCCCGGCUGUUGCCGAAGUGGAAACGUUCUCGGGUGGCCAUUUAGUUGCCUCGAACAGAUAUCACCGACGAUAUUCGACAGACGAUGGUGUAUGCAUAACUACGUCGCCUUCUAAGUGGCCAGGAGUCACAAAUUUGCGCGCAUUGCUAGCUAGGGAGAAAGACGAAGACACCCCGAAGCUGAACAUUUUGCUCUGCGAGGCUUUCGUGGCGACGUACAUGAGCCUUUUUAUCUACGCUUUGUCCAGUUGCGAUAGCCAUAUCUUGUACAGACUAGUAGGACAACACUUUGACAAUAAUACAUGGUCCUGCCUCUUUGGCGGUGGAGUCAAGAAAUUGUUGCGCGUAGCAAGUACUAGUAGCCAGGGCGGUAGUACGACUAACAUCGAACGGGGCGAUAGCGUAGCGAGCGAGAUCCAAAGCACCGCCAGCGGCGUAUGGAACACCAUGACGUCAUUGACUAAACAGCGCGUCAAGCUUAACAUGAAGCUGUUGGGGCCAUUUACGGGACAACAACCGAAUAUGAAGGAAGAUAAACCUACGUACAGAGAACAAUUUGUUUCGCCCCAAAUGAGCAUGAUUUCUUAUUUUCUCAUGAAGCCACGCAUAGAGACCGAAUACGCGGACGAAAUUGAUUAUGAUUCCUCUGAUUCUGCGGUCUCGGACUUGGAUUCUACAGACGACGAGGAGGACGUAUUCGAUACGAAUACAAAGCCAAAGAGCAAACCAAAGGAUAAUACAGAACAUAGCAAUUCUAAUUCGUACAGUUGGAGCGUUAUGAGAUUAGCAAUAGUUAAAAUACUACAACAACAAUUGCAAGAUUUUCUGACUGUCGCCGGCAUAGAAAUGCAAGAAUUACCUGUAAGUAGUCCACUAAUCCACGGUACACUGGGCAUUGUUGCACAGUGGCAAGAUUCCUUACGCGAAGAAUUGGAACUUAAGGGUCCACCAGCAGCGACUUACAUACCUGGCUGUGCACCAGAUCCUUCUCCUACACCUGGAAAGCCAGCGAUUCAUAAGUAUCGAUCCUUAUUGGAAAAAGGAAACACACCCUUUAACACACGAUUGGCGUCUGCAGCACCUGCCAAUCGCUUAUGGUGUUACCUAGUUAGACAGGAAUUGGUACAAGAUAUUUUCAUUCGCGCAGUGUUUGGCAAACGAAGAUCCCUGUCAACAAUACUUGAAAGUGCCCAAUCGAUCGUUGACGGUGUACAUCGAGGAACUGGAGAGGAUAAGGGUAGUGACAGUGGUACUACAAGCUUGCCAGAACCAGUUAGAAUUAUUCACAAAGAACAAGAUAGCAUCAGUGCCUUCUGUCUUAAUCAGGUAAAUCCAGGUUUAAUGGCCCUUGCUACACCACGGGAAGUGCAAGAAAUGAACAUUUCCUUGCUCCUAGAACUUCCAUCGUGGCUGGAAGAUGAAUGUGAAUUCGAUAUUAUUAACUUGAAUAAGCAACCUGAUCCAGAACCUGUACAGCCAACCAGUUUCUUAGUCAUACAAACAGCAGCAGAUCGUCCGUUGCUGGCACAGAGUCCUCAGACGAACAGUCCUCAGCCUCACUCAGGUAUAGCCAGUCAAAGUGGACGUGGCGCGAGCGUGAUGAAGGGGAUGCCUGCUUUUCCUGGCUCCCACGACCUGCGUUUCUGUCAAUUUGUUGCUGAUAGGAGCAAACACUUGUUAAAGCCGAUUCUGAAGCACAAAAUCGAUGGAAUUAGAAGAAUUUCUUCACAUCCGCUUUUACCGCUUUAUUUAACCGGAUCACAAGAUGGCUCUGUGUCGUUAUGGGAAUGGGGACACCAGACAGCUGUCGCUACUCCAAGAGCGCCUGGAACCUUCGCUAAAGUGACCCGCGUGCGAUUUUCUCAACACGGCAACAAAUUCGGCGUGGCCGAUUCCGAUGGUCAUCUGAGUCUAUUUCAAGUUGCCUGCCGCGAAGGAACGGCUCGACCAUUCUUCACGUAUCAAUGCCACAGUAAAGUGACCUCGGACUUUGUCUUCCUCGGCGCGUGCAGUCUCGUAGCCACCGCAGGUCACGGCUCGGAAGGCCGGAAUGUAGCAUUGUGGGACACACUGCUUCCACAAAACAAGUCUCUUGUACAAGGCUUCAUGUGUCAUGAACAAGGAGCGAGUGCGUUAAUACUGGCGCCGCAGCAUCAAUUGCUGAUCAGCGGCGGCAAGAAGGGUGACAUUAACAUAUUCGAUGUGCGACAGCGGCAACAAAGGCACAGGUUCCAAGCGCACGAAUCGGCUAUAAAGUGUUUAGCGCUUGAUCCACACGAGGAAUUUUUCGUCAGUGGAGCAGGUGAUGGUGACAUUAAGAUAUGGGGGUUGACCGUCCAUUCCCUCUUGUACUCAUUUCCUGGUGAGCAUCCACGGUCCAGCUUCUUCAAGAACAUAGGACAGGGUGUUACCCAGUUACACGUGGACUCCGCGGGUCGACUGUUCUCAUGCGGAGCGGAUGGUUCGAUGAAAGUCCGUCAACUGCCAGAACGCGAUUGUGUAGUACAAGCGCUUUAUUAGGGUUAAAAAAAAUGGAGGGAGAUGAUAAGAGAAAUUAAUAAACCGUGUAAUUAUGUUAUUUAAGAGAGCCGAUAUUUAUUGAUUAUAUACACACACACACACACACACACACACAACACGAAUUGUUAAAAAGAAAUCUACGCAAUUCUCAUCGCUGUUGUACGAUAUACUACUCUUACAUACAGACCGUGCAAACGAUGCGGUAUCCUUUUGCAUGGCUAGUGUGUUGUGACAAGCUAAUUGAAUGUUAUUUAUAAAAAUUAUAUAUAUAUAUCGUUUUGUCAAGUACUACUUUACGACACGGUAAGGUAAAAAGUUCCGCACGAAUAUUGUUGUUGUUUAAAACUGAAGCUCUUACAUAGUCCAAACAUAGCAAAGUUGUAAUCUUAGAACGAUAAACGACUCAAAAUGUUUCCCGGUCUAAAGGAAAAAAAAAGAAAGAAAGAAACCAAAGCAGCGAAAAAUACAAAUAUACGAACCGUAGUAAACCGAAAACGAAUGCGAUAUUUAGAACGGCUGUAUUUUCCCUAAAGUGUAUUUCGUAUAUGAGGCAGCAUAUGUAUUGCUAAUGAUCAUUCCUUUCUCAUGAAAGUAAUAUUAAACAAUUCGAGAUAAAUGAUAUGUAAUCUACGUACCUUCAUAUUUUAAUAUGUAAUAUAUAUAUAUAUAUUUAUAAAUCAGUUAAUGAUUCUACUGUUUAUAGCGGCAGAUAAUUUAAAGACGAUUUAGCUGAUCUUUAUAGUAGCUAUUGACUAAUAAAACGAGAUAUUUCUUUAUGCUACAGAGAUAUUGCGAUUUCUGUGUAUUAUUUGUUGAACUAGAGACAAUGUGUGCAAUGUAAGUUAUUGUUCUACAAUACAGUUCGAUGAAUUGGUUCAAACAAA